AUGUACUUGAGGAGUAUCGCUUUGGCUGGGCUGUUGGUCCUCGCCGGAUCGGCAGAUUCUAAAAUCGUACGGACACGGAGCGGAGUGGUCAACGGCGGAAAGUGUGGUAGGACAGAUGUGAAUUACUUCUUCUCGAUACCAUACGCCAAACCACCCGUAGGCGAGUUGCGAUUUGCAUCCCCGGAGCCCUAUCAAAAUUCUUCCUAUAGGGUGGUAAAUGCCACAACCCCAGCGCCAGCAUGCAUUCAAUUCACCGGGCAGCUAUUCGGCGAGAGCGAAACGCAGAGUGAGAAUUGCCUCUUUUUAGAUAUAUGGGCGCCAGCCUCCGCCACUCAAAAGUCGAAACUACCGGUGAAGGUAUGGCUUUACGGGGGAAGUAACGAAGGCGGUGGUGUUUCCAAUCCGAGUUAUAAUGGUUGCUUUUCUGCCACGGACUCUAUCGUGGUCUCGGUCAACUAUCGCCUAGGCCCAUUAGGCUUCCUCGCGUUGACGGACCUUGGUCUAACUGGAAACUAUGGCUUGGAAGACCAACUCCUUGCCCUUCGCUGGGUACAGGAUAACAUCGCGAACUUCGGUGGUGAUCCGGAAAAAGUGUUACUCUUCGGAGAAUCCGCCGGUGCUUCUGACACGUUCUUCCUUGCCACUCUGCCCGAAAUACCACAGCUAGUAAGAGCCGCUGCGAUGGAAUCCGGAGCGGGAAGAGAUAUAGCAACGAUAGAGGAUUCGCAAGUUUGGUAUUCCGAAUUCCUCAACGCGAUGAAUUGCAGUACGCCCGAUUUAUCGUGUAUCCGAUCCGCUACAGCUUCGAUACUUCAAAUUGCGGUAGCGUCUAUGCCAUCCACCGAUAUAGUCACUGUUAACUCGGUCCUCAUUAACAACGGCACAAGGAGCUCUUGGACACCUGUAGUCGACGGAAAAUUGAUAAAGGAACAACCUUCCGCUGCCGGACUCAAGGUUCCUUCGAUAAUUGGUUCUAAUGCCAACGAGGGGUCGUUGUUCGUCCUUGGUGCAUAUCGUACAUUGGAAAAAUUGGAAGCGCUUAACCAGACAGACUAUGACGAAUUCCUCAACUACAACUUCGGGCCGCUAGCGGAGCGCGUGAAUGGGACCUACUCAGCAGCUUUUCUGUUCAACGGCUCGGUAGCCAGGGCGAUGGAAACUGUCCUCACGGAAGUAUCAUAUAAGUGCCCAUCAUAUCGGGCGCUUCUACAGGCGGAGAAGAACGACAUGCCCGUGUGGAGCUAUCGGUUUGAUCAUGUGCCAAGCUGCCCCUGGUUCCUUGGCAUAGAUACUUCAUACCUGCCACUCCUAGGAGUAACACAUUCGAGCGAAAUUCCAUUCGUUUUCAAUUUCACUAGCGCUUUACCGCCGCCUAACGGGAAUUGUACAUUCACGUCGUCGGAGCAGAUUAUCUCGCGAAAUAUGAGCCGCGCGUGGACAAAUAUGGCGGAGACUGGGCAACCGGGGGAUGAAGGUGUGUGGCCUGUUUGGACCUCGGGUGAAAGCACGGGCGUUGUAAUUGGGGAUGCGGUGAAUGUUGGUGUGGUGAAUUAUACCUCUUGUGCUUUCUGGGAUCAAGUCAAUGCGGAUCUUAACGAAUAUUGGGAUACACGUGGGACUCGUAUAUAG